UUCGAACAGCUGUUUUUUGUUUACAAAUUUUCCACCAGCCAUCAAAAACAAAACCAUGGCAUGAUAUAAUUUUCCAAUUUUUCUUUGAAAAAUUAAACAAAUCAUGAAACUUACUUCAAUAUUACUUAAACCAAAAGCCUCAGAAGUUCUUACUGCCUAUCUAAAACAAUGCAAUGAGCCACCUUGGACAUCAUAUUUCGUUAAGUUGAAGGAUGUAAAAAAUGACCAAUACGGACGUUCCCAUUUUAAUUGGACACUUGAUACCGGAACUAAUUAUCAUAUCCUGCGAACUGGUUGUUAUCCUUAUUUGAAAUACCAUUGCAGUAAAAGAGAUUAUCAAAAUCUUGAACUGGAAGAUAAAUUCUUUAGAUUUUUGAAAGUUAUUAAUUUUGGUCUUCCAAUGUUGUUCUAUGGUUUAGCUGCAAUACGAUUGAUAAGUCACAAGGAAAUUGUUCAUGUUGAUGAGAAUACCAACGUUCCUAUUUAUUUUCUUUACGAGGAGGAUAAAGGUUCUCGGUUUUAAACUAAUUAAUAAGCUAGGAAAAUUAAUUUUAUAAUUUGAUUUUUAAAAGAAUUGAACACAAAAAAAAAAUUGAUAAAU